AUGAGAGGACAAGGAAUGGGGACUUUAAUUAAAUCUCCAAUUCAAAGCGAAAAUGUCAAAUUACAUUAUGAUUUUUGUUCGGAUUUAAGCAUUAAGGCUAGUUAUGAGCAAGCUUUUACAUAUCAGCCAAAAUUCGUUAUCUUUGAAGUCAGUAGCCGCGGACGAAAUAAUGUCACUUAUGCCGUUAAUAAAGAAGACAAUAGCGUUAGAAUUCCCACGGAUAUCACUAUGUUUCCUUAUGACCAAGAGGCUGCCGAAAAAAUGUAUGCCGAAGCCAAAGACGCCGAAGGGAAUUUAGAUAAAUAUAAAGUUCAAGAAGAAAGUAGAGAAGCCGAACUUCUUCCUAACCUUUUUAGCAACUUCUUAAAAAAAUUACUCGGAGGAAAAACUUAUUUAGUAGUCGGUUGUCGUGAACAAUUACUAGCUAGCGAAAGGCUAGGAUAUUAUACUCACAGUGAAACCAGCGAGGAAAAAUUAUUUACCAAAGACCCCCAAAUCCAAGAAUGA